UGUGUGUGUAGAACGACACGAUCAGUCACUCGGUGAGGCAAAAAGAGUAUUACCCAGAGGAGGCCCAUCGCAGGAUUCUCCUUUAUAAAGACACCAUGCUCGUGCCUUUGGAGGACUUCAUGGCAGCCCACGACCCCCAGUAUUUACUUGAGCUUGAUGGAAACAAGGAUCCAGAAGAGAUUAUUGGGUGUCUUAUAAGUCGUCUAGACUUCAUGGCUGUGAGGAGAGCAGCUGCACCUAUGCGCUUGCUAAACACGGAUGAGGAGGAACCGCCUGACGAGAUGGACACGGAAGAGCUGUUGAACAUGCUGUCCUCCACGAAGACCAUAGCACCAGGCUUCCCUUGGCGAAGGAGUCGCUGGGGCUGCACGUGCCCGGUUGCCCUCAAAGACGGCAAAAUGAUCAAAGGCAAGCCCGAAUUUUCCGUCAGCUUCCUGAAUAAAAUCUACGUCCUGUCCUCUCAAGAGGCUCUGCGGAUGUUCAUGUUGGAGCCAAGACGGUACCUGCUCCCACCCAUGCCACGCCCACCCUGCAAAGUGUCUGUGAUCGGGCCGCCACGGUCGGGAAAGAGCACUCUGAGCACGCUCUUGGCUGAGCAUUAUGGCGCGGCCGUGAUAGACAUGAAGAAGCUGAUGGAGGUGGUCAUGGAUAAAAUCGGGCAAGAAAAGCUGGAGAAGGCGCAUCAGGACACGACGGAAAAUGUCAAGGCCUUGACACAGAAGGAUGAGUCUGAAACGGAGGUGACGGAGGAUCGCCCGGACGAUCUAGUGGAAGAUGCCGUGAAAGAAGCAGAAAAGAAGCCGGUGGAACAAACAGAUGAUAUGUGUGCAAACGUCCUGGACGAAUGGAUCAGACAGAUUCAGGAAGAAGAUGCAGAUGCUGAGUUUAAAAGGGGAUGGGUGCUGGACAACUAUCCCACCACCAGCGCUCAGCUGGCAGCCAUACAGAAACUGCAUCCUGACCGCAUGCCUGAUGUGAUGUUCUGCCUCAGAGACAGUGAGGGAGAAGGAAGGACCGUUCUGAGAAGGCUUUAUGAAGAGAACAAGGAGCAGGUGGAUGCGGUUGUACUAGCUGAACUACAGGAGGAGCGGAGGAAGAACGCAGCAGCAAGCCAAAACACUCAGCCGCGGAUGGCGGACUCCGAAAAGGACACCCUGACAGGCAGUGCUCUUUCCACACUGGAGGUGGUUCCUGAGGAGUCUGAUGUUACUGAGGUGACGUUGCCUAGUACAUGGGAACACGGCUACCCUCCUGGCCCAGCGAUGGAAAUGUACAAGCUGCAGCUACAGAAGUUUACGGAGGACUGGAAUAGCAUGGAGUCCUCCAUCACUUGCAGCUAUGCUCUACUGGAGAUCGCCAACCAAACCCCUGAGAUUCUACUCCAGGAGAUGCUUGACCAAGUAGAACGACCGUUUAAGUACAAGGCCCAAGAGAUGUCCAGCAUGGAUCUGGAUAAAGAGGAGGACGAGGAUGUGCUGGAGGACGAGGAUGAGGCAGAGGAAAGCAGCAUUAAAAGGUGGCUUGGGGAUACUAAGAAGUACUGCCCGGUCGUGCUCCGGGAGAAGGGCACGUUGGUGCCCUGUGCGAAUGAUAUCGCUGCAAAAUACAGAGAGAAGGUCUACUACUUUUCUAGCAGCAACGCAUGGGAGAACUUCAUGCAGACACCAGAGCUCUAUGCUCCAACUACUCGACUACUUCAACCUCCUGCCCUGCGUAUUUUCCUGCUGGGAGUGCGUGGCUCAGGAAAAACCACCCACGGCCACUGGCUGGCGCAGCAGCUGGGUCUCUUUCACGUCCAGUUCCGGGAACGCCUGCAAGAGCUGAUUCUGGCCAAGACUCGGACACGCGUGCCCUACGCUGACGAGGCAGAGCCGCCCGAAGAGCCACCCAGUGAUCUGCAGAGUCUGCUGCAGGCCAAUACCCGGCCCACAGCUUCUCCCGUCGAGCUGAGCCGAAACGAGACCCUCACCAAUAAUAAAGACCACGCUGAGGAGACUCCUGCACUGACAGAUGAAGAGGAAGCUAUAAAGUCGUAUCUAUCUGAUGGACAGCCAUUAACGCACCAAAUCCUAGAGAAGGUUCUGCUGCAGUUCUGGCAUCAAGAGCCAUACAAAUCAACAGGCUUUAUUCUCGAGGGUUUUCCUCAGCAUUCAGAAGAGGUGUCCUUUCUAGUGGAGCGCCAGUUAUACCCAGAUACCGCCUUAGUUAUGUCUGUGGAGGUGUCGGAAGUGGUGAAGCGUCUGCUGCCCCCAUGGCUUGACAGAUGGAGGGAGAGAUGCACACGAAGGAGAGGGCAGAUGCAGCUACUUAAAGAGCUACGCAGCAAAAUUAGGGAGGAGGCCAUUGCUCGAAGAAGAGCCGAACUUGUGUCCGAAUAUGCACCCGAAACACCCAGAGAAAAGGAUGACGAGGAAGAUGAGGUGCAGGAAGAUGAAGAUCAGCUGAACUGGGAGCAAGAGCUGGAAUACAAGCUGCUGGAGGAGUUUCCCGAGGAGGAGCAAGAGGACGAAGAGGAAGAAGAGUCCGAGGCCAGCGCAGAGUAUCGGAUAGGAACAGAGAUCAGUGAGAGGUUUGACCGGGAUGACGGCAACCUCAACAUGAUUAUGGAGCUUCUGGCUGAACACCGGAUUCCUCACCUGGCGGUCAGUGCCGGCCGGAAGCCUCACAUUGUGCGCACCAAGCUACUAAAGCAGGUCAAGCCUCUGGUGGAGAACAGGGAAGCUCUAUUUCAAACGUGUUAUCCCAUCAACUAUACCACUGCUCAGAAACUCCUGCGCUUCUCUUACAAGUACUACAGUGCCUUCGGCUGUUGGGAUCCUGUCCGGUAUGCAGAGGGAGCUCUGAUCCAGCAUAUGCAGGACCCCAUUAAUACUAGCUUCUUUGUCAUCUUGCACGACUUCAUUUACUUCUUUGCCUCCGAGGAGACACGCAACACUUUCAUGAUCAACCCUAUCAAAUACCACCUUCAGCCCAAGCCCAACCCUUCCCUGCCCAUCAAACUUGCCAUCAUCGGUAGUCCGAAAUCCGGAAAAACCACAGUUGCCUGCAUGUUUGCCCGUGAGUAUGGACUGGCACAUGUAACCAUCGGGGGUGUAAUGAGGACCGUGCUCAGUCUCCAAGACAAGACAGAGCUCGCCACUGAGAUGCUGAAGUACUUGAGCCAGGGCUUGACUGUGCCUGAUGAACUGGCCAUUCAGUGCCUAGAAGUGGUCCUUUUGAACGUAGUCUGCAGCACACGGGGGUACGUGCUGGAUGGAUUUCCCAUGACCAAAAGACAGGCGGACCUGAUGGCAGCUCGUCGCAUUAUUCCUAUUCGAGUGAUCGAGCUGCAGAUAGACAAAGACGAAAUGCUGAGGAGAGGCAUGAAAGAUAUGAUGAAACCAGACAGGCCGUACCCGAUGCAGGACAGCACCCGGUUCCUGGACGUCCGAAUUUCCUGCUUUAAGCGUGAGGUUGAGGCAGUCAGGAAACACUUCCAUCAGCAGUACCAAAACUGGGUUCCAGUUGAUGCGCACAAAAGCAGUUGGUGGGUAUGGCAUCAGAUUCUGGAUGAAACCCAGAUCAGUAUGCGACACAUCCACUCCUACCUGAAGAGAAUUCGUAAAGGCCAGGCUGCCAGCAUAGCGCAUCUGUGUAUUACUCCGUGUGAGCUUCAGUCUCGACUGGGCGAGUUUGGGCAUUAUUGUCCUGUGAGCUUGGCUCUCCAUAAACACUUGGUAGACUGCUCCCUCGACACUUCCCUGGAUUUGGCUGCAGAGUUCAGGAGACGCUACUACAAAAUGGCAUCCAGGAAGUAUCUUGAGAAAUUUCUUGAGGCACCAGAGCAGUUUUUGGCGCCAAUUUGCCCUCAUAAGCUGCCCCUUCCUCAGUUUCUUCCCCGUAAGCUGAGUGCAGGCGAGGUGAGGAGUCGCUUCCCUCAGCAGGUGGAGCUAAAAGGCUACUGUCCAGUCACAUACCUAGAAGGCCAGCAGAGGUAUGAGGCUCUGGUUCGUGGCAAUGUGAACUUUGCAGUGGAAUACCAGGAGAAGAUCUACAUUUUUGAGACAGAGGAGAAACAACACAAGUUUCUAAGAUCACCUGAGACUUACUGGCACCAGAAAGUCCCUCAUAAACUUCCACCAUUGGGAGACCCAAUACAACUGACCUCUUUGCCAAAACUGGGUUAUUUGGAACAGGGAGUAGCCAAAGCCAUCAUUAAAGGCAUGACAGAGUUGGGCAACCUCAAGCCAAAGUUCCCGUACCUCAGCAUGAAGAGAUCUGCUAUACACUACCUGGCCUUACAUCUUAAAGCGUAUAACAAAACAUCGAGCUACACUCAGAAGAAGUACAAGAAGAAGCUGGCUCAGUAUGAGGAUGACUGUGAACUCAUCCCCUACUUGAGUUCCACUCUGACCCAGAAGUACAAGCCUCCUCAUGAGCUUCCCAUCGAUUUUAAACAUAAGCUUCGCAGGUUUCUUGCCUUGAAGGACUACGCUGAAACUCCAUCAGGACUGAUGCCGCUUGGAGGGAAUUAAUAUCGAGCAUGUUCCAGUUUAACUUAUUCACCUCAAAAUCUGAAUAAAACCUUUAUUUGUUUGAGCAAUAUAAAA